CGUUACUUCAAAACAGGAAAAUUGAUUGAAUGGCGCUCAAAUGGCCUCAAUGAAGCCUCUAGCACUGCCAAUUCUCUUGUUCAGUUUCUUCUUCCCCAUCCUAUCGGUUUCUUCGAUUCAAAUACUGUCAAAAUCAAAGCUCCAGAAAUGCGAGAAAGGCUCUGGUUCAGACCAACAACUCAAUUGCACCAACAAGAUCCUCAUAAACCUAGCCGUUCCCAGCGAUUCUAGUGGGAAUGAGGCUUCAAUGGUGGCGGAGAUUGUGGAAGUGGAAGAGAAUGCAACUAACAUGCGCACCCUUAGGGUUCCUCCUUCUGUUACCAUCCAAAAAUCCGCUGCCUAUGCUUUAUAUGAAUUGACAUACAUAAGAGAUGUCGCUUACAAACCACAAGAGUUGUAUGUGAAGACAAGAAAGUGUAAGAGUAAUGCUGGUGCAGAUGUUGUCCGGAUAUGUGAAAGGUUGAAAGAUGAGAAUGGGAACAUUAUCGACCACACUCAGCCUAUCUGUUGUCCAUGUGGUGGACAACGCAGGAUUCCAUCAUCUUGUGGAAACUUUUUUGACAAGAUGAUGAAAGGGAAGGCAAACACUGCUCAUUGUCUUCGGUUUCCAGGUGAUUGGUUCCAUGUGUUUGGUAUUGGACACCGCUCAGUUGGAUUUAGUAUUAGAAUUGAAGUCAAAACAAAAUCUCAAGUAUCAGAAGUGACUGUUGGCCCUGGAAAUAGGACUGCUGUAUCCAAUGAUAAAUUUUUAAGAGUGAAUCUUGUUGGAGACUAUGUUGGAUAUACAGAUAUUCCAUCUUUUGAGGACUACUACCUUGUUAUCCCUAGACAUGGUGGUCCAGGUCAACCUGAAAAUCUUGGGAGCAAUUACUCCAUGUGGAUGCUUCUGGAGAGAGUUAGGUUUACUCUAGAUGGUCUUGAAUGUAACAAAAUUGGUGUUGGUUUUGAGGCCUUCAAUUCACAGCCUGGGUUUUGCUCGGCUCCAUAUUGGAGUUGCUUGCAUAACCAACUUUGGAACUUUUGGGAUGCAGAUCAAAAUCGAAUCGGCAGAAACCAGGUGCCACUGUACUGUGUUCAAGGAAGGUUUGAGAGAAUCAACCAACAUCCAAAUGCAGGAAGUCAUGCAUUUUCCAUUGGAAUAACUGAAGUUCUCAAUACCAAUCUCUUGAUUGAACUGAGUGCUGAUGAUAUAGAAUAUGUCUAUCAAAGGAGCCCAGGGAAAAUUAUGGACAUUGCUGCUCCUACAUUUGAAGCUCUUACUCAAUCGGGGACAGCAACAAUUACUACUAAAAAUAUUGGUGAUGUAGAAGCAUCCUACAGCCUCACGUUUGAUUGCUCUGGUGGUGUCAGCCAAAUGGAGGAGCAGUUUUACAUAAUGAAGCCUAAUGAACUUGUCACCAGAGCAUUCAAGUUGAACCCGUCGAGUGAUCAAGCAGCAAAUUAUUUAUGUUCUGCAAUAUUGAAAGACUCUGAUUUUAAUGAAAUUGAUCGAGCAGAGUGUCAGUUCUCAACAACUGCUACGGCAUUUGAUAAUGGAACACAGGUACCAUUCCAACCCCCCAAGACAGGUGUGCAUGGUUUUUUUGAAACACUUCAACAACUGUGGAACAAGUUGCUGGCAGGUUUGACAGAUUUUUUUACAGGAGAAAAUUGCAGAACAAAAUGUUUCGGGUUUUUUGAUGUGAGCUGCCACAUACAAUACAUUUGUUUGAAUUGGAUAGUUUUGGUUGCUCUACUCCUUGCCAUUUUCCCAACUUUGAUGGUGCUAUUAUGGCUUCUGCAUCAGAAAGGAGUGUUUGAUCCUAUAUAUGACUGGUGGGAAGAUCACUUUUCACCAGUUCCUCCUCCUCCUCAUCAUCACCAUCAUCAUCAGCAAGCUUACUUAAAGAAAAGACACAAUCACCACCACCAUAAGCAUCAUCAUCCCCACCAUCGACUUGCGGCACACAAAGGAGUGAGAACAACUCGCCACCCACCAACUGGCACUGCUACUGAUUACCACUACUUCCUCCACCAUGUUCACAAGGACAAAGACAAAAACCACAGAGCUGCCAAAAGUUUGUCAUCGACGGGGAUGAUGAACGCAAAGCAAGUUCGUGACUUUAGGGACUGGGACAAGAAUGGCGGCUUUCCCUCAGCUAUUCAUCAUCAUCGUCAUCAUCAUCAUCACAGACCUUCAUCAACAUCAGCAAACACAAUGCUAGAAGCAGAAGAAAUAGUUGAUGGACACCAUAAAAGGAACACUGUGGGAAGCACCCAUCAUCAUAAGCACCGCCACCGCCACCGCCUGAGUUGAUGGAAUAAUGGUGAGCCAUGUCACUGUUAUUUGUGGAAGUAGACUUGUAAGUAGCACAGUAAAUUUGUCAGUUGACGGCUUAUGGCAUUGUAGAUAGGCACGUACGAAUCAGCACAUGAUGGUUUUACCCACUUAUCAAAUAUGGGAGGAGAAUUAUUUAUGUGGAAAACGAAGAAUGGUUAGAGAUAGACUUGAUCAAACUCGGGCUGGGUUUCGUGUC